UCAAAAUGUGAUAGCGGCUUAAGAUUUUGCUAGUGUCCUCGUAGACCCAACUGCCUAGGCCUUUGCACUCUCUCAUUCCAUUUCCUCUUCUUUCAUUCCUCAAUACAAAAAUGGAUUCAGCAGGAUCCGAGACCCAAAUGACCCCUACCCAAGUCUCGGACGAGGAGGAGACCCUCUUUGCCAUGCAGCUGGCAACCGCCUCCGUUCUCCCUAGGGUCCUCAAGGCCACCAUCGAGCUCGACCUCCUCGAGAUCAUGGCCAGGGCCGGGCCAGGCGCCUACCUUACCCCUGGGGAAGUUGCGUCGCAGCUCCCGACCCAGAACCCCGAUGCCCCAGUCAUGCUCGAUCGAAUAUUUCGGCUGCUGGCUAGCUAUUCUGUGCUCACGUGCACUGUCCGUGACCUCCCUGAGGGUAAGGUUGAGCGGCUUUACGGUUUAGCUCCGGUGUGCAAGUUCCUGGUCAAGAACGAGGAUGGGGUCUCCCUUGCCCCACUCAACUUGGUCAACCAAGACAAACUCGCCGUGGAAAGCUGGUACUACUUGAAAGAUGCGAUUCUUGAAGGCGGAAUCCCGUUCAACAAGGCACACGGGAUGACCGCAUUUGACUAUCUAGGUACCGACCCGCGAUUCAACAAGAUCUUCAACCGGGCAAUGUUUGAUUUUUCCACCAUUACGAUGGAGAAGAUACUGGAAAAGUACAACGGCUUCGAGGGCCUCAAGACGAUGGUUGAUGUUGGAGGUGGCACUGGGGCCGUGCUCAACAUGAUCAUAGCUAAAUACCCGUCGAUCAAAGGCAUCAACUUCGACUUGCCUCACGUGAUUAAAGAUGCUCCGUCCUAUCCCGGUGUGGAACACGUUGGAGGUGACAUGUUUGUCAGCGUUCCAAAAGGAGAUGCCAUUUUCAUGAAGUCGAUAUGCCAUAACUGGAACAAUGAACAUUGCACAAAGCUCCUCAAGAGUUGUUACGAUGCGCUUCCGAUAAAUGGGAGGGUGAUCGUUGCAGAAUACAUACUCCCCGUGUACCCGGACCCGAGCCUAGCGACCAAGGGAGUGAUCCACAUGGACUGCAUGAUGUUGGCCCACUGCCCUGGCGGGAAAGAGAGGACGGAGAAGGAGUUCGAGGCUUUGGCCAAAGGGGCGGGAUUUCAGGGCUUUCGAGUCAUGUGUCGCGCUUUCAACACUUGCGUCAUGGAGUUCUUGAAGACAGCUUGAACUGUGCUCUUCUGGGUGGUGAUAUUAAUGGUUCCUUGGAUUUGAUAGGUCGCAAAUGAGCCUUUUUUUACACAGUUGCCUUUCGAUUUAGUGUCCUAAGUUGUGCUCAUAAAAGGAAAGAAUAAGGAAGUGACUGUGUGAUACUUGGGAUGGGAAAAGGAAAAGUUACAGGAUCUAUGAUUUUAUGUUAAUAAUUUUAAAAUAUGUCUCGAGUUUGAGCCUAUAUUGAAUAAUAUUCUGUCUAAAUAAAUUAGAUUGACUGACCUUAUAA